AUGCUUGCUGCUCGCCGCCGACUUUACCGUCCGCUGCGGAUCACACCUGGGUUCAUUGUGGGUGGACCGGGAAGAGGGGGUGGAGGUGGGCAAGGGACUUUGAAGCCUGAGAAAACGCAGGUAGAGGCGGAUAAGAUCGUCAAGGAGUAUUUGGACUCGAUCAAGCCCGAGUCUGACGCGCCAUCUAGAGGUGAAUCGACCAAGCCUGUAGACGCAGCAGCACCGCCCAAGCUUGAAAUCCCUACUCCAAAAGAGGUCUCCAAGUCGGAUUCUCCCACUCCCAAACCGGCUACAGUAACAGCAGUGACGCCCCAAACCGAGACUCCAAAACCAGUCCCCCAGACCGACUCUUCCAUCUCUCAAAAACCCAAUGACCUAUCUCAACCACCACCACCCCAACUCUCUGAAAAGCUAUCGUCCGAUGCUAAAAAGGCCGGGCAGAGCCUAGCCAUGUGGAAAGAUGCCACGCUCAGUCUGUUACGAUCGCGAGGAGCCGAGGCGGCCACACAGCUCAACGCGCUCGGUGGGAAAUUGAACAAGGUCACGGGCUACGACGAGAUCGAGGCACUAAAGCGUAAAGUCGUCGAACGAGAGGAAACGAUCUCCGCACUCCGAGCGUCGGCGCGCAAGGCAAAAGUAGACUACGCCGAUGCCGUCUCGACCCGCGCAAACCGCCAACGCCAGGUGAACGAUCUCCUCCAGCGGAAAUCGACAUGGACCGACGGGGACGUGAUCGCGUUUACGAAACUGGUGCGGGAAGACCAUGCGAGUGCCGCGGCCGAGCUCGAAGCGAAAGCCAACCUCGAACGGGCCGAAGCCGCGGUCGACGCCGAGUUUGGCCGGCUCAUGCGCGCGAUCUUGGAUCGGUACCAUGAAGAACAGGUGUGGAGUGACAAGAUCAGGAGUGUGAGCACUUGCAAAGGGCCUAUUCCUGUCGACAACAAGGAAGAGCAGUUGCCGCCGGUAGAGCCCGUGCUUCCCAAAGAAACGCAGGCGAUACGGCCGUUGCCACCGCUCGUUCAGGCUGAGCUUCUGGACAAAGCCAAAGCCCUGAUCGACUCGCUGGCCCCUUCGACGGACCGAGAUUAUGCACUGAUGGCCAUAGGAGGACUAGGAGGACUAAUAACAAGCGGCGCUGUAUUACUAUUCCGGUCUUCGGCGCGGUAA